GAUGGCGGACUGUUUUCAAACGAACGGUUGUCAAGAACGUCUUUUAGAUGUUUUAUUUCYUGACCAUUUACUCUAACAUAGACCAACACAGGGAGCACCUAUAUGUAUAUUCUUCACAUGAUUAUUGAACUGAGGAAUUUUGGGAUAAUCACCGACGAAUUUGUGGCGUAUUUUGUUGUUUUAUUGUUUACACUCUUGCAAAUUACAUGACUGCUUGGGUCUAGACCGUCAUAUUGACUCAAAACGAAUUCGAUCUUGUUGCCUGGAAGAUAAAACAGCAAGAUGACAGCUGGAAUGAUAAAAGUACCGAGCAUAAUGCCUCUCAGGCCGCCAGUCUAUUCAAAGAAGAACAUAAUUUCAACGACAACGCCAAUUGAACUUCGCACAGAAACGCAAAAUACAAUUAUAUAUUACACCAUUAAUGGUAUGAAGCCAGAACCGUUUAAACARAUAGGAGUCAAAUGUACUUAUCGGUACAACAAGCCAUUUGUACUAGGGCCGGGUAAGAGAGAGGUGAAGGCAAUGGCAACYUCCCAAGAUGGCACAAGAGAAAGUUCAAUAGUUACAAAAGCAUUUAUAGUUGAAGARAGCGACUCAGSUGAUGAAUURCAGAUGAGUCAGAGGUCAGACAUCAGUCUCAAGAAAAGUUCUAAAAUAUUUCUAGGAGARUCUCAAACACAGCUGCAUGGAAGUCCAAAGAGGGGGGUUUCUCAAGGAGCGUGGAAUGACAAUAUUCAAUCUCACAAUGCAGCUAAUCCAUAUGCUGAAGGUUCCAAUUACAGAAAACCACGUUCCGGACCAAGGUUUAUGAACGAGAGGUUUGGAUCUAGCAAAGCUACCGUUGYGACCUCUGAUUUGCAAUCAUUCAACGGUUUAAGUGAUGAGCACAGACAAACCAGGGCACCUGACAACAAGACACAACUUAAUAAGACUCAAAAGGACACAGAUUUCCUGAAAUGUGUAUUUUGUUUUGCGUCCAGACCAUCCGAUCCCUUUGCAAGAUUUUGYGCUGAAUGUGGCUCCCMACUCCCUCCUAUUCCUCAAUCACGCCUACCUCCCCCUGAAGGUGGAAAACUGGUGACAUGUGUUUCUUGUCAUUCUAUGGUCCCAGCCAACACCCCAACAUGUAUCAUUUGUGAAGUUCCCAUGCCUCCUCAGUGGCAACCACAGGCAACCCAAAAGCUGCUUUCCAAGGUUGUUUGUGUAACCUGUGGAACUUCAAAUCCGCCAGACAUGACAGAGUGUGUCACAUGUGAGAGUAGGUUACCCAAAGAUGCUAAAAAGAUCUAUACUGAUAGCAGUGCUCCCCCUGUUCCCAAAGGAGAGCUUGGUAGUUUCAUGACAUGUUCCAAGUGCUCAAGAGUUAAUAGCAGUGAUGCUAGGUACUGUGAUUGGUGCGGUGAGAAGCCAUCRCCAUACCAGACKCCAAUUACAUGUUCAAAGUGUGAGGCUUCUAAUAGCCCAUUUUCAAGAUAUUGUAAUUCAUGUGGCUGUACAAUAGAACCACCGCCAAGGGUGACUCACAAGAUGAAGUCAAGUCUUAUAGGAAUGCUUGUGGAAAAGGAUAGUUUUCAAAGUAUGGCAGCCACACAAGGUGAAAAUGCUACAUGGCUUCCAGUCACUGCAUCGAGAACUUUUUCAGAAAAAGUAGAUAAAGCCACGUCUACGGUUGGACUUUUUUAUCCAUCAUCGCAUUCGCUUCACUCCCAGCUUGAAAUGGAAGCAGCAGAGAGGUCAAAGAUAGAAGGCACUAGAGACAGGCGACUUCUUCUUGCCGCUGUAAGCCCAGGGCGUGGCUACUGGAGACAACAAAUGGACCAUGUCUGCGCCCACCUCAAAGCACACUCUCAGAACAAUCCUGACUUUCGUAGUGUUAUAGGCGAGCCGAGACUGGGCAAAAUCAUUACAGCCGCUGUACACGAGGACUUGAAUGGCGAGGAAGUAACGCUGACCGUCACAUUCGCAAGACGAGACGACAAAGAAAAGUGGAAGGAAAAAAGUCGAGCAAUUGCAGAUGGAUUGAAGGCGUUCUCUCUAGGUAGCACAGAGAAUCURAACGGCAGCUAUUCAAGUCUUCAAAGUAGAGGUUCUAAAGCAAAGACAAAGAAGAAGAAGCUGAAGUCCAAAGAUGCUGGCAAAGAUGUUAAAUUAAAGCAAGUUGAUCGCUUGCUUAUAAAGGAAGUGGGYCCAAAGGGSCAAGGUCGAGAGGAGGAAAUUGAGCGGCUUCUUGAUGAAGGUGCUGAUCCAAACGUCUCAUCCACUGAUGGGAUUCCUGUGGUCGUCAUGGCAACCAUGAAUAAACACCUAGAUUCCAUAGCAACGUUGGUGAAUGCCGGAGCAAACUUAAAUGCUAAAACCCAGACCAAAGGAAAUACAGCAUUACACGAAGCUGUCAUCUUAGGGGGGGAUGGCGCGAAGUACAUCGAUGCUCUUCUAGGACUGGGAGCUAAGGCAGACUUGAAGAACGAUGCUGGCCAAUCACCGUACGAUCUAGCCGUGACGUCAGGUCAUGAAGCGCUUGURCAGAAGUUUACGUCGAACAUGGGAGAUGAACUUUUGCAGAAACUUACAAAACCACAGAAARCUAAGGUUUCUUUGAUUGAUGAUUAAGUUAGUUUGGUAGUAAKUAUAAAGAAAUGUCUCGUGAAGUAAAAAGCUACGCAGCCUGUGUGCCAUAGAGCUUUAUAGAAUGUUUUAGACAAAGUGUGCAAUAGUCUCGUUUAUGGUUCUCUACCCCAUAUUGCCGAUAGCCGUGCCUUUGCAUCGAAGCGAGACAACCGUUGAGCGUGCAAUGAUAGACACCUUCUUUCACACUUAUAGACACUUAUUUAUAGGUAUCUAUCAUUGUAUGCUCACCAGUCUCUCGCUUCGAUGUAAAGGCACGGCUACAUUUCAAGAUGGCGCAGGAAACAGUGAAGGAAACUAUAGGCUCAUAACCAUGUAAAGAGAAUUCAGACAUUGACAUCAAAAGCUAGAAAAUUGUAUUAAAUCAAACAUGCGCUAUCGUUUUAAAUUUCUUAAUAUAGUAC